AUGCUUUCAACUACUUUGACAUUCAAGGACCUAAUUUCUCGCAUGAGCCGCCAUCGAGCGUCGAAUUCACCAACAAUGCCGGCAGCAAUGCCGAUUGCAUAGCACAUGGCAAUCCUCCGCCGAAUGUCGACUGGCUGCACAAAGACAAUAAUCCCAUCACCUCGAUAUCAAAGCUGUACAUAAAUCAACGUUACGAACCGCAAGUGCAAAAUCCAGGAGGUUUUAUUGGUAGCAAUGUGUUAAUUAAAUGGAAUAUACCGUCGAUUGUUAAGGAGUAUGUAACGAUGAGAAAAAUCAUAUGCUACUGACCGGCGUACAACAUCACUCGCACCGAUGCGCACAAAGUUUUUCGCUGCCGCACCCAUCACAAGCUGACGCAGGACACCGUUGUGAGCAGCAAUAUGGGCAAAAUUCAAUUGACUGAAAUGCGAGAACUCGUGCCGCCCAUUAUGAACGAGAAGGCCACAAGCGUGGUAGCACGUCUGGGCGAUCCCAUUGUUGUGCCAUGCGCAAACCCGAAGCCUGUCUAUCGAGGUGGCACCGCAACUAAUUUACAAAUUCAUCGAGCAAAACAUACAACCAGGACCGUCAGUUUCGCUGAAGUGCAGCGCCAGUGGCAAUCCAACACCGAAAAUUGGCUGACACUUGGAUGGAUUUCCGCUA